CGUUGAGACAAGCAGCAAGGCAAGCAAGCAAGCAGCACGGCUCAUGAUUCCAAUAGCAAGAAUCAGAAACCGGGUGGUGCGACGCGGCAGGGGAGAGGAUGGAAUAAAAUACUGGCAAGAAAGAAGCCAAGAGAGACCGCGGAAUCGCACAUUACCUCUCCCCCUUCCCCCCCUCCUUCACAACACUUGAGAAGAGGGUCUGGCUAAAGCGCAGAAUACAACUUGGAACGGGCCGUGUCCAAGCCAGAACUGCCCCGCGGGAUGCUGCGCACGGCUCGGACAGCGUUGGAAAUAGCUACACCAUCAAGACUAUCAACGCACCGAAUGGGCCCCGUUGCAACGUGCGGGAGAGCCCCAUUGCAUAAGCCCUUGUCCGCACAUGGCUCUAUCCGUGCUGUUUUCGUGCUGUGCUAAACUGUAUCCAGAGACCUGGCAGAGGCGAUUCGUCCCCCUUCUGGACAUGCCGUGCCGCAUUGCGCCCACAGACAUCUACGUACGAUUGAUGAAUGAAGAGACCAGAACUGCGAAGGUCCGAUCACUCUUCAAAGAACCGAGUCAACCGACUGACUACUCGACAUUUUGCUCAAAGCCGAGACUUCCGAGGGGCUGUGGUUGGGUCUUGACGUGAGGAUGAGCGAUGGAUUCCCCAGCGUGGCGUGGUCUGCGUGUUGAAACUGGACGGGAGACUACUUCGCCGCAUCUUCGUUUGAGCGCGGCGGUGGAUCAAAAGGGUGGCAGGGUUUGCCAUAGCCAUCAUAGAGCGACCACCCCUGUGCCGAGAGAGAUCAACCUGGAGUCCAGACUGCGAUAAGGGCCCCGAGCGAUUCUACGCGUUGGUUAUGUUUUGUAUACAUUGGGUGAUGCCUUACUGCACA